UAUAUUUUGGGGCCAGAUAUUGCGCUCAAUCAUACAGGCUAGGAAUUUUAAUUGAACAUCGGGAUCUUUUAUCACAUCAAUGGCACAGGCGUGUAUUGUGUUCGCUUCGCACUCCCUCGGGCCGUGCUGGCAGUUGAAGACGACUCUCCCUUCUCUCAUUGGCUGAUGACAACUGGACGAUAAAAAGCUCUCCUCUCUCCCAUCAAACCCGUUGGUGUUUUUGUGUUGCGUAAAAGCCUCUGCGAGGUGAACGAGCCCCAGUAGAUCGGUAGUGUUCCGCUGUUGAAUAAUCAAAUUCGCAUGAUAAUUGUUGUUAAAACUGUUAAAAUGGAGAUCAACUUGUACGCCCAACGUGCAAAUUCAGUGAUGAACGCGAGAACUAAGUGUACGACAAGUGACAAUGAAUUGUGAUCCUUAUUAUCUAUGAUUUAGUGAUUAAAAUAAAGUGAUUAGGGCAUUAAUUUAUUACCAAUUAACACCAAAAAGAUCUCAAAGGGAGAGUAAAAAGUCAGGGAAUAACACAGAGUCCCCACUUACUCUAAUUGUUUUUGUUUAAUCAACUGAAAUUUAAUAACACUUGAAGAAUAUUGGUUAUUGACGGAUUAAUUAAUAGUGAAGGCUCAAUAAUAAUUCUCUUAAUGGCAGCAGCCCUAAAGAAAAAUCAUUCACGUAGACGACUUGCUGCGCUAACAUUUUUGUCAAAUAUAUCACUCGAUGGUAGUCAUCGAGACACUAAUUUAUCAUUGUUACCUCACAAUGGUGUUAUACACAGGCGUUUACACAGUGAUGUACAGAGAAAUUGUGUAACACAGUGUGAGGCUGACACAUCUGCCGAGGAAACUGUUGAUGGCUUGCCAGAUAUUUUACAUAUUAGGGAAGAGACUCCUGAGAUUGUGCAGAAAAUCAUUGAACAUUACUCGUUCAGUUCGGAUUCGGACGGCAUAUCGACCAGUGGAAGAGCUAAUGUAUCAGCACUUGUGGAUAACGAGAGGAUUCAGCCCGUUCUCACGAGCAUUCACGGAUCGUUCAGGGAAAGGGCUGGGACAGCUGGAAGUGACUAUUCCCUUCCAGAGAGACGUGUCGGUUCUCUCCACUAUAAACGACGCAUUGUCCAUCAAACGUCAACCCUCUCCGAGGAUAUAAAGCACCACUACAACAGCAGUAGCGAGAGUAUAGGCUCGUUACGUUCUAAAUCCCAUUCUAAAUCGAAAGUCAAAGGUUUAAACAACAUUCAGCCAUUAUGUGGGAAUGCUGUUAUCAUUCCUGAAGUCACAAGGGAGUUGCGUAUGAUGCAACGACCGAUAAAUGGCCAACGUUUUGGUGAUGACAGACUUGUUCUGGUAUCCUCCAAACGCGUGCCCUUCCUCGUUUUCUCAGCAUUACCGUACAACAAGAAUCAACGAACAAGUUGCAGCUUAAGUGCUUCGUGUAGUACGACUGGAUUCAUAAGCAACACGGUUUCUAAUCGUAUUCUGCGCAGGUCUGACGUACGCAGGGACACUGGACGCCGACGAAAUACCUCGGGACCACGUCCCCUAUCUGCAAUAAACGAUAAUCUCGAUCCCUUUGGUCUUCUCGGUAUUGAGCAUGCGAAAGACGGUCAGGAGAUAUCAUACGGUCAAUUAUUGGUGCCUUCCAGGCAGUUUCAGCGUGAGAAGAGGAUGCACAUCAGCGAUAGCGAGGCCAUCGAGCUAACCCAUGUCAUGACAAAUAAACAUCACUUGGUAUCCAGGACAAAAACUAUAACGUGGAAUCUGGAUCAUACAAAGUGGUGUCUCUCUUAUGAUACUGCGACUCAUAGACCGUCUCAUAUACCUCCGGAGUCUCCGCCUUUAUCUCUGGUUAAUGAGUCGAAAGUUAUCGAGUGGGAUGAGCAGAGUCUUCACUAUAACCCCAAUUUACUGGAUGAUCCGGAGUUGAUUGCUGGAAAACAUCGCACUCUCUUGACAUUUACUUCAUACAUGGCAUCCGUUAUUGAUUACGUACGACCUUCAGACUUGAAGAAGGAAUUGAAUGACAAGUUUAAAGAGAAGUUCCCACAUAUUCAACUGACGCUCAGCAAAUUGCGAAGUUUAAAAAGAGAAAUGCGAAAAAUAGCAAAGGUGGAAUACGGCAUUGACAUUCUGACGGUAGCAAUGGCAUACGUGUACUUUGAAAAACUGAUACUGCGAAAUGUCGUUACAAAGCAAACUCGUAAACUCUGCGCAGGUGCUUGUUUACUUCUAGCUGCCAAGCUCAACGACGUCAAAGGAGAUGUACUUAAAUCACUUAUUGAGAGAACAGAAAGUGUUUUCCGGCUGAAUCGCAAGGACCUAAUCACCUCAGAAUUUGCAGUGCUAGUUGCCCUUGAAUUUGGUCUCCAUUUACCCACAUGGGAGAUAUUCCCCCACUACCAGCGCCUCAUCUACGAGUCUUGACCCAUCAUCGGCAUGACGUACUUACUAAAUUGCAGAAAAUUUUCUUUUUAAUAUGAGUAAACUAUAAAAGAUAUCGCCCUGGCCCAACGUACCUUAAGAAACUGCAAAACUCCUUUGAGCAACAUUAUUUUUCCUGGUAAUUAAUACUUAAGAUAUCCCAAUUCGAAUAGUUUCUCAGUAAGAAAAAUUUAAACAUUGAAAAAUAAUAUUUAGUAAAUUCAUAACCUUUUCAGAGUUUUAUAAAGCCAUUUUAUCAGUGCUAUAAAUAUCAUUGAACCGAGAGAAUGACUCAUGUAGGUCAAGAUAAAACUAGACUUUAAUCACUUUCAUAAACAAGAUGAAGAGUACACAUUGUUUUUAUACGUGACUAUGAUUAUCUGUUUUUUACUUUUUGUAAAUAUUUGCUCAAUUGUGGUUUUAUUUGUUGAAUUUCACUGUUGAAAUAUUUUUUUCUCAACUCUUUGCGUAAUGUCCCAUAUUUAUAUAAGAUUUUCGAUUUUCAAUCAUGGAAAUACAUUUUUUUGUGAAAUCACUACUGCAAAAUUAUUCGUCAUAAUGAUUAAUAAUCAGAUAAUUUCUCAUUCCAAUCGAAUUCAACAGUGAAUUAAGGUAUAUUACAUUCAAAGGCUCAUGGUACUUGUUUUUUUUUAAUAUUACGUCGUAGUAUAAGUUGAUACAUAAAGGCAUAUAUUUUUUGUAUAUACACUGUUGCCAGAUGUACAUUAAUCGCCAAAAAAAAGGGUGACGAGGUAUGUGAAAAGAGGGUAUGGAAUUAUGUGCGAUCCUAACUACAAUAUAUUAUUCUUAAUCAUCGAUAUGUGAUUGAAAUUUUACCUGAAUUAAAAGUUUUUGUCCUUUGUUUUAACUUUCGAAGUCUAAUCAUUUACUUGAAGUACCAUUGCCAGUAUCAUUUCAGCAUAAUUAUCGGUCCAACCUGGCAGAUGAUUACAUGAUCCUGGAUUACUUAGUUAUAAAUAAUUUAGCGGUUAAUUACUGCGGUGAUGCUAGUCUGUUGAUGCCGUUUAUUGAAUUAUUUAAUUAAUUAUCUAUAUAGUCUAUGAAUAAAAUAUACAUGUUACAGAAGAAAUAUUAUGUAGUAACUAACCGAAUGUACGUGAACUAUGAAUGCCCGUACAUGUCAUAUAAAUGGAAAAUUAUUAAUAAAUCAGAUUCGAGUAAA